AUGAUUGAGCCAAUUGCCGUUAUUGGUUUGGCCAACCGCUUUCCUGGCGGCGCAGACACCCCCGCACGGCUAUGGACCAUCCUCAAGGAUGCGGCCUCCGCCGAGGCGGCGGACCUCUCCCGUGAGCCCCCGCCAGGUCGGAUGAACUUGCGCAAGUUUUAUCAUCCGGACGGAGACAGACACGGCCGCACACCCGUCGGUAAGGCAUACUUCCUAUCGGAAGAUCUGGACCCGGCCCUCUUCGACGCUUCAUUUUUUGGCAUCAGCCCCCUCGAGGCGGAAGCAAUGGACCCGCAACAGCGCAUGCUACUCGAGACGGUGUACGAGGCGAGCGAGAGUGCGGGUAUGCCACUGGAUAAACUCAAGGCGGCCAACUGCGCCGUGUACGUCGGCGCCAUGACGGCCGACUACGCUGAACUCCCGACGCGCGACGUCGAGGACGUCUCUACCUACAUGGCCUCGGGUACGUCGCGCGCGGUAUUGGCGAACCGCAUAUCUCACUUUUUCGACCUUCGCGGACCAUCUGUCUGCCUGGACACCGCCUGUUCUUCGUCUCUGGUUGCCCUUCACCUCGCGUGUCAGGACCUCCGGACGGGUUGUGCGGACAUGGCGGUCGUGGCCGGGUCCUGCCUCAUCCUCAGCCCGGACAUGUUUAUCAGCGAAUCCAAACUGCACAUGCUGUCGCCUACCGGCCACUGUCGAAUGUGGGACUCGAGCGCGGACGGAUACGCGAGGGGCGAAGGGGCCGCCGCGCUGUUUCUAAAGCCUCUCAGCAGGGCGUUGGCAGACGGUGAUCCGGUGCACGGUGUUAUCAGGGCCUCGGGUGUCAACUCUGAUGGCCGCACUCCGGGCAUUACUAUGCCUAGUUAUCGGGCACAGGCACGACUAAUAAAGGACGUGUACAAGUCGGCUGGUCUCAACCCACUCAAACCGGAAGAUCGAUGCCAGUAUUUCGAAGCUCACGGCACAGGUACGCAAGCCGGCGACCCGGUCGAGGCCCAUGGCGUCUUUGAUGCCUUCUUCUCCACCGAGAGCGAUGGCGGUGAACCCGAUGACUUCUUCUCUACUGGCAGUCACGAGGUUAGCGAUGGCCGCCUGGAGGAUGAUGAUGGGAAGCAGCUGCUGGUCGGCUCCAUCAAAACCGUGCUGGGCCAUUUGGAAGGGUGCGCGGGCCUGGCGGGCAUCAUCAAGGUGUUGCUGGCUAUGAAGCACGGAGUCGUGCCGCCAAACAAGCACUUUGUGAAGCUCAACCCCAAGAUCGUCCAGUUCAGCCACCGGCUGCGUGUACCGACCGAGGCCCUGGCCUGGCCCGACCCUGGCGGUCCGGGAGGGACAAGGCGUGCGAGCGUCAACAGCUUCGGGUUCGGCGGAACCAACGCGCACGUCAUCGUCGAGGGGUUCCAUGGCGGCGUGGCGGCUGUGGCGGGUUUGCAAGAAAAAAGAGAUUGCCCGUCACCAUUGCUGUCAACACAGCUCCUGCUUAGCGCCCGCAGCGAGACCUCGCUGCGGAGGUACGCUCAACGAUUGGCCAGCUACCUCGAACAGAACCAAGACCUCAACAUGGGAGAUCUGGCUUGGAUACUGCGAACACGCAGAAAUCAGUUCCCCGUGCGGCUGGCAAUCUCAGGCGCAUCCAAUGACGAGCUGCAAAAGGCCCUGCAAACGGCAGCUGUUGACAAGUCAGUCGAAUGCAUCCACGCCCCUCCACAGCCCCUCGUCUCACCGUCAGAGGGCCUUGGGCUGCUUGGUGUCUUCACCGGCCAAGGGGCGCAAUGGCCGGCCAUGGGGAGAGAGCUUAUUCUACAAGAGCCUGUGUUCCGCAGGUCGAUCGAGGCAUGUGAAGCUGCCUUGUCCAACCUACCCGACGCACCGGAUUGGUCCCUCAAGGCGGAGCUCCUAAAAACCGACCAAGAAGACAGCCGCAUGUCCGAGGCGGUGCUUGCGCAGCCCGCCACGACCGCUGUCGAGAUCGGCCUGGUCGACGUGCUGGCGUCGAAAGGUAUCCGCUUUGCCGCCGUGGUGGGCCAUUCCUCGGGCGAAAUGGCCGCAUUGUACGCGGCGGGGUUUCUGUCACUGCAGGAUGCCGUGCGAAUCGCGUACUACCGUGGAUUGCACGCAUCGAGGUUGGCUAAUGACAACGGUGCCAUGCUGGCCGUGGGUCUGUCAUGGGACGCCGCGGCCCGCUUUUGUGAUGGCGACAGGUUUAGAGGCAGGCUCUGGCGGGCCGCAAAGAAUUCGCCGUCGAGCGUGACCUUGUCGGGGGAUGCUGGUGCGGUGGCGGAAGCAGAAGCGGUCUUGAAGGCACAAAACACAACAGCUCGCAGGCUCAAGACAGACAAGGCCUACCACUCUCCUCACAUGCAGGCUUGUGCGGACGCCUAUCUAGAUUCCCUCAGGGCUUGUGGGAUAAAGCCAAGGGUGCCCGCACGCAGAGACUGCGUCUGGAUCUCCAGCGUCGACGGCCACGCCAACAGAUACUGGGCGAGUCGUAACGGCGACGACGGCACCGCGGAGCUUCUGACCUCACUCGCCGGCCCUUAUUGGAACGAGAACCUGGUCAAGCCCGUCCUGUUCGAGGACGCCAUCGUCGCUGCACUAACUAACGGAGGCCCCUUUGACGCAUGUAUUGAGGUUGGCCCGCAUCCGGCCCUCAAGGGUCCGGUUGGCCAGUCCAUCCAGCCACAUCUGCCCCGUCGCAAAGCCUUGCCUUAUUGCGGGGCUCUGAACCGCGGCGAAAACGGCCUUGUUAGCAUCUCCAAGGCUUUGGGGCUCCUGUGGUGUCGGUUCGGCAGCACAGCUGUCGACUUUACCAAGGGACCGAGAGGGGAGGACAGCAAGCACCAAGUACUGCCCGAACUCCCUCCAUACGCCUGGGACCACGACGAAAACAUGUUUUGGCGCGAGUCGCGAAUUUCGCGAAACCACCGACUGCGCGAAGCACCAGAGACAAUACGGCCCAAUCCCUCCUCAUUCCGUGAGACCCUCAUCGGUCAGCGGUGCCCGGACGACUCGGACUGGGAGCCUCGGUGGCGCAACUUUUUCAGCCUCAAGGACAUGCCGUGGCUGCGCGGACAUUCCUUCCAGGGUGCCGCGCUGUUCCCGGGCAUGGGCUACAUCGUCAUGAUUGACGAGGUGUCACGGCACCUGGCGGCUUUCUGCGGCGCAGGUGGCCAUCGACUCGUGUCCAUGGAGGCCUAUGGGUUGACUUUGGAGCGUACUUUGUACGUGCCGGAUGGAGGCAGCCCAGUUGAGGUUGUCACCUCGGCCAAGGUAUCACAGAGGACGCAGGCCAAAGGGCAGCAAUCGUCCAUCGUCGAGGCUGAGAUUACCUUUUACAUCUGCACAAACCCCAACACUGGUGAUCUUGUGCGAACAGCCUUUUGCUCUGUGCACCUGACCUUGGGCGACGAAACGACUGCGGCUCUGGGUGUUGCAACCGUCAUUCCAGCUCGCAGCAUACCCGAGAAGCUAACCUCCCAGGUUGACAUCGAAGGCUUUUACAGCUGCUUGAGGGGGUUGAGUCUCGAGUACGGCGGCCCCUUUCGCCGUCUCGACUCCCUGAAACGUCGUCACAGAGCUGCCACGGGCGUCGCGUCGUGGGAUAGAGCUGAGAUUCUCGACGGAUGGGGAGACCAGUUGCACCCGGCACUGCUUGAUACCGGUAUCCAACCACUGCUGGGGGCAAUGGCGGACCCGCGGACCGAGAAGCUGUGGACUGCAUAUAUGCCGCAAAGGAUAGACAGGAUUUUGGUGGAUCCGAACCGUUCUGCGCUGAUCUCGGAUCAGUCUUUGUCCAGAGUCGAACUUGUCGCCGACGCCAACAUCACCAUGGAGGACCAUACAAAGCUUGAAGGCGACGUCACCAUGUACAUCCUAGGGCGGAGGCCCGGUGACCUCCGACCUCUGGUUCAGAUCGAGGGUCUACGGUUGGCCGCACUAAACAGGGCCGCGCCGUCCAACGACCGUCUUCUCUUCAGUGCGACAGUCUGGCAGCCCGACAUCAUGGUUGGCGAGAAUGAAUUCCCAAUUAACUACAACCCACCACAAGAUUCAUUGAUUGAAGCGGCAGAGCGCGUCUCCUUGUUUGUUUGCCAAACCAUCGUGUCCGAGGCAGAAGCCGUUGGCGUCAGUAACCUCAAGCCGCACGAGCAGCUUUUUGUCGAACAAUCACGCAACCUGAUGGUGUCGGCGCGAAACGGUCAACUCUACCCGUGCGAGGCCUGGUGGCUUGCCCAGGACACCAGAGAAACAAUCGAGAUGAUACUGGAGCAGCACAAACACCAGAUUGAUUUCCGUGUUCUCAAGGCGGUGAACGAUGAAAUAGGUCCUGUUUUCCGCAACGAAAAGAGCAUGUUGGAGGUCCUUUUCGCCAACGACAUGCUGAGCGAGUUCUACCGCGAGGGCCUGGGCCUGCGAAACACCCAGAGGCAGGUGUCCGAGUAUAUAAAAGCCAUAUCGCAUCGAUUUCCCAACGCCGAUAUUCUCGAGCUGGGAGCUGGCACCGGGGCAACCAUGCUCGCGACUUUGGAUGCCAUUGGUCCAGACGUCCAGGGGUCGUACACGUUUACCGACGUGUCCAUGGGGUUUUUCCCGACGGCGAAACAGCGAGUCCAAGAUGCCGGUCACGACCUUGACCGCAUGGCAUUCAGGCUUCUGGACAUCACAUUGCCGUUUGAGGACCAGGGCUUCUCUGACGACAUAAAAUACGACGUUAUAAUUGCCGCAAACGUGAUCCACGUCGCCCCGGAUAUCUCGGCCGCCCUGGUCCGCAUCAGGUCCCUGCUGAAGCCAGGUGGCUUUCUUGUCGCCGUGGAGCCAACAUCACAUUUGGCGCGUAUCCAGGUCAUCAUGGGCGGACUAGAUGGUUGGUGGCAGGCCCAGGAUCGUGAGUGCCGCAUGGGAAGGGGACCACUGCUCAGCGAGGAGGCCUGGGAUAUCAAGCUGCGUGAGGCGGGCUUUUCUGGCCUGGAUGUGUUCAAGGGCGACCAGCCGGACGGGCGCCUGCGUACCUGCACAUCGUUUGUGACGCAGGCUGUGAACGGCAACAUCAUGGCACUCAGGGACCCACUGGGUCACGGCCAUGGUCUAGUCGAUGAGGUGCAAUUAGUUAUCGUUGGAGGCGGGGCCACUUUGUCACACCAUGUCGAAAACCAUCUCCAACCGUUGGGGAUACGCCGCAAACCAGUCUUUAUCGCCGAUGUUCGAAACACAAGCCCUCAAACUCUGCCCCAGGGUGCCACUGUUCUUUUGCUGUCCGAACUAGACAGGCCUCACUUCAAACUUGAGCAAGACGGAAAUGCGCCAUUAACCACCGUUGACGAUUCCGUGCUGGACGGAUUAAAAUGCCUCUUUUCGAGCGCCGCCGCAGUUCUUGCAGUAACAAAGAAUGCGCAGUCAAACAAUCCGUUUUCGCGCAUGAUCAACGGCCUGGCACGUGGCUUGCGUACCGAACACCGGUCACUGCGGAUCCAGGUCGUGGAUAUAGACGAGUGCCAGGAGUCGCAACCCAGCGCCAGCCCAGGCUGCCUCGGCGCCAGAAUGCUUGUAGAACUCCUGCUCCGCCUGGUCUUGACACCUGCCAUGGUUAAAGAUGAUGAUAUUUGCUGGACCGAUGAGACGGAGCUGCGGGUUCGAGGGGACAAACUAUUUAUCCCGCGCAUCCGGCAUGACCGCGAGCGCAACGACCGAAUCAAUUCGGGCCGACGCUCAAUUACCAAAAUCGUAUCCAUGGCGGAGAGCACCGUCGAAGUGCGGCCAUCUCUUUCGCGCAAGGCCCGAGGUACCGCUGCAGAGCAGCUUCCCAGUUCAGCUUGCUCCGGCUUUGAGCUGUUCUCGAGGCCGAGGAUCGAGUGGGCAAGUUCCGAUAAUAUCGCGAUCGACGUUUGUCUCUCCACACUGGUGCCUGUGGCAAGCGUCGACCCCCUGCAUACGCCCCUGUACCUCGCGUUGGGGGUGGCCCAAUCGAGGUCUGUUUUAGCGUUGCUCCCACUGAACGCGUCAGUGGUGUGGGUCCCUGCCCACCACACGCUUCCAAUUGAUGAGGGGGACGGCAAGAUGGCCAAAGAGCUUGCCAAAGCCUUGGCAGGUCUCGACCAGAGUCUAUCAAGUUAUGCACAUGCUGCUCUUGCACUCGUCGGGAUUUCAUUGCUGGCAGCCACCUGGCUGCGCCUGGCUCCACGCGGCCAUGUUGUCUGGAUGCACGGAGAAUUCCCCGACGUUGUCGUGCAAAUAUUUGAGCGCACCGCCACCAAAAAGGGCGUCCGUAUUUUCCGCACUUCGACUUCAUCAUUGAUUUCUCCCCCCGGUUCCCGCGUCAAACUUCUGCACCCCCACACACCGGCGAGAGUGAUCCGCGACGCGCUGCCUGGACGGGUCGCUGCUAUAAUCACGGCCGGGCCACCCGACGAAGGACCUGACAAGCUGCCACCCAGCUACCAGUCAGCCGUCCAAGUCGAGAAACUAAUCUGCGGAUCGAUUUUCAGCCCUCCCGGGGUGCCCGAGUGGGAAUAUGCCCAGGGCGCUUCGACCGAACAUCAUUUCGAUGUGCUUGAUUUGAAAUCCGCCGUUGAGAGUGCAAGUGGCAUAGCCGGUGAGGCCAUGGCAAUUGUAACCAAGACGUACACGCUCGGAAAUCUCGAGGAACUGGCCCUUGACCAAGAAUUCUCAAUCCCAACGCUAGAUUGGCAAAAGGAUAAGUUGAAAAGACCGCAACCACAAGAGAAUGGCCAAGUCGCGUGCCGCGUCCAACCGUUGGUUGGGAGUCAUCUUUUCCGACCCGACCGAAGCUACCUCCUGGUCGGACUCACAGGUGAGGUCGGCCUCUCUCUAGCCACCUGGAUGAUACGCCAGGGCGGCGCCAGACACCUUGUGCUGGCGAGCCGCCAUCCCUCCGUCAGUCAUGACUUUGUUCGGGAUAUGGCCGAUAGGUACGACGCCAAAGUAGUCGUGCGCGCCAUGGACGUUGGCGACUUUGCCAGUGUUCAGCAGACAAUCCACGACAUCAGUAACGAUGCAGCCUUGCCACCACUCGCCGGCGUUUGCAAUGGUGCCAUGGUGCUUGAUGACGGUCUCUUUCGCAGCCUUGGUGUGAACCAAGUAGUCGCAGCACUCAAGCCCAAAGCCGAUGGCAGCCUAAACCUCGAUCGGGCCCUUGCGCAGCUGGAGAGAGAAAGCGGCCCUCUCGACUUCUUUAUCAUGACUGGCUCCACCGGCAGCGUCAUUGGUACUCCGGGCCAGUCCAACUACCACAUGGCAAACCUGUUCAUGACAUGCCUUGCUGUAGACCGCAGACGCAGGGGUCUGGCUGGUUCCGUCCUCGAUAUCGGGCUCAUUUCGGAGCUGGGUUACGUGGCGCGCCAGGAGGCCUCGGUCCAUCGAAAUAUGUGUAGCAUGAACGUGUUGGCCAUGUCGGAGGACGAGCUUCACGUGAUAUUUGCAGAGGCAAUCGUUGCCGGCCGUGCCAGCCAGGAGACUAUCGGCGAUGUGGAGGUUAUUACUGGUCUCCGGGAGAGCCGCAACGAGGCGGAUCGGCCGUUCUGGGCAGCCGAACCUCGAUUUUCCUUCUUCGUCAAAGGAAAGCCAAGCGCAGCUAUUCUGGGCCACGGUGUCUCUCAAGUUACGGGAGAUGCUGAAAGUAUGGGUUCUUCGCCCCUCGACGAUCUCCGCGCCACACUGGCAACCAUCUCUGCGACCAUGGAUGAGGCGACGCUUAUUGUCAGGAUCAAGGCAGCGCUGGCACAAAAGCUAGAGAACUUGCUGCAGCUUCAACCCGGCUCCAUCAACAUGGAUGGGUCACUGAUCAGUCUCGGCAUUGAUUCAUUGCUAGCCAUGGAAGUUGGCUCGUGGCUGCGCAAUACCGUCGGCGCAGAGGUCUCGGUAUUGCAGAUCCUUGGGGGUGCCACUGGUGAAUCCAUCUGCUCGUCCUCUGCCGCCAGCUUGUUGUCAAAGGUCAGAGCCUCUGCAGAGAAAGUUACCACUGUCGACUUGUCGCCGGCUCCUGACACUAGUCAGAAGGUCGGGGCCGCUGUAAUCCCCAAGCUUCAAACUUGCCUCCAAAGCACCGACAUGGACGUUUUCUCGUCUCCAAACGCAUCCACAACAAAAGCCACAGACGCCAAUGAAAGCUCGCCUGCGGCUACCACGCCCUUGACGACACUAUCCCAGACUUCAGACUCAAAGACUGACGACCUCGCUCUUCAUCCCAACAAGAAUGGGGAAGGGACGAAUUCAAGCCAGCCCUCUGCUGUCGAACGGACGGUUCGAAUGUCUUUUGGUCAAGAGCGCUUGUGGUUUAUGCAUCAGUUUCUGCAGGACCCGACCACGUAUAACGAGACGGCCAUGUACGAGUUGAAUGGAUAUCUGGACCACAAAAGGCUGCAAAAAGCGUUUGACAAGAUUACGCGACGCCACGAGAUUCUCAGGACCAGCUUUUACACUGACCCCGAUACGGAUUUUCCAAUGCAGACCGUUAGGGCCGUCUCAGCCUGUACUUUUCGUUUCGUGGAUGCAAACGGAGGCUUUGAUGAACAUGCCAAUGUUAUAGAUUCAGAGUACAAAGCCAUUAGGGAGCGCCACUGGGACCUCGAGAACGGGGUCUGCACAGGCGUGACACUGAUCAGGCUAACCCACGACCGACACAUGUUCAUAAUUGGCAGCCACCAUAUUGUUAUGGACGGUAUGACUUGGAUCAUACUUUUGCGCGACUUGUCCAGGGAAUACGAACUCGAUGGAGGGCCGGCAUCGAUACCAUCUCCUCCUCCCCUCCAGUACGCAGACUUUGCAGUCCGCCAACGCCAUCUGGUUGAGGAGGGACGUUUUGCCGACGACGUCCGGUUCUGGGCCCAAGAAGUAGGCCACAGAGGCAGCAUGGCUAUGCCACUGCUCCCCAUGGCUCGCGUCUCGACCCGGCAACCGACCGACAGCUACAAAAACGCCACUUCCGAGCGCAUGCUCACGAGCGUUCUAGUCUCUAGUGUCCGCCGAGCAAGCAGCUCGCUGCAGAUAACACCUUUUCAUUUCCACCUUGGCGUUUUGGCGAUUCUUGUCUGCCGUCUUUCGCGCAUGGAUGAGGUUUGCAUCGGCAUCUGCGAUUCGGGGCGGGGCAUGCGCAACGAGGGCGAGCCCGACUUCUCCGGCACGGCAGGUUUCUUCAUCAACUUUGCACCGAUAGUCCUGUCUAUUUCUCCUGACGGCGACCAGAGCCAAAAUACAUUCGCUGCCCUCUCCAAGAGGGUCUCGUCCAAGGCCUUCGCAGCCCUUUCGCACGCCGGCGUCCCGUUCGACGCACUGCUAGACCAACUCAAAGUUCCACGCACCUCACGGCACAGCCCGCUUUUCCAAGUGGUCAUCAACUACCGCCUAGGCGCGCUGUCCCAUGGUGACAUCGCCGGGUGCCAGGUCAAAUAUGUUCGGUCGCAUGGCAGCAGGAACCCAUAUGAUCUAUGUGUCAACAUCAGCGAGUCUCCCAACGGCGAUUGUCUGAUCGAAGUGGUGAUGCGGGAGUCGCUCUACUCCGCCGACGCCGCCGAGAGCGUCCUUGGGUCCUACUGCCGGCUGCUUGAGAUGGCCAGUCAGAGCCAGCACAUGACCAUCGAUAAUCUGGAGAUUUCGGAUUCCUUGUCUGCCCCCAGACCUUCCAUUCCGGCUACACUGCAAGACGCCACCGAACACCCAGUCUGGGCAUCGACGAUUUCCCGACAAAUAGAUAAUGCAGCAGACGAGUAUCGCGACGCCCCCGCAAUAUCGGAUGGAGACCAAACUUUGACGUACUGCGAACUGAUGAGGAAGGUAGACAACAUUUGUGAAUUACUUCUGAAAACAAAGACUGCUUCAGAAGAUGAUAAUUUCGUCUGUGUGCUACUCUUUGAGCCUUCAGCAGAUUACAUUGCAGCGCUUCUGGCUGUCCUGAGGGUUGCUGGGGUUGCCGUGCCCAUCGACCCAAGAAACCACAAAGAAAGAAUGGCUGUAAUGGUUGGCGACUGCAAACCUACCGUCAUCCUCCAUCACAGCCAAACGGCUGAGGUCGCAUCGUGGCUGUCGAGCAAAUCUUCGGACUCCAAGCUCGAGCUUGUAGAUACAUCUUUGGCAACGUCUGCGCCACGGGCAAGAAUUGUCAACAGAUCAACACCAGACGCUCCGGCCAUGAUAAUAUACACUAGUGGUACCACCGGGACGCCAAAGGGCGCCAUAUUAACGCAGGGCAACUAUGUGGCCAUUUCAGGCUCGAUAGCGCGCGCCCUCGCCCUGCGCCACGGCUCCGAGUCGGUCCUGCAGCAGAGCUCGCCCGGAUUCGACAUGUCCCAGGUCCAAAUCUUUCCUUGCCUUGCCACAGGAAGCCGGCUGGUGAUUGCCUCUCGCGCCCAAAGGGCCGACCCGGCCGCGCUCGCUCUGCUCAUGGAGAGGGAAAAAGUCACAGUCAUGACCGGGACGCAGACCGAGGUCAUGCAGAUACUUCAGGCCCGUGACGACCCGCGCGACGCCGGCUGUGAUGACGGCGAAGAGCAAAUCAUCAAGCGGUGCAGACACUUGCAAACCGUGGGCGUCGGUGGCGAACCCUUUUCAGCGCAGCUGGCCGCGCAGUUUGUGCUUUUGGAAAAUGCCACAGGCAGGAGGCUUGACGUCUUCAACAUGUACGGCCCCACCGAGACGUGCAUGAUUAGCAACAUUGGUCGCAUUGAGUACUGGGGUAAUCACAGGGAUGAGGAAAGCCGAUCAUGGCCUGUCGGCCCUCCGUUUGCCAAUGCCCGUGUUUAUAUCCUCGACCAAGCGGGUAGGACCGUCCCCAGUGGCAGUUCUGGAGAGAUAUACAUCGCCGGCGAGGGCGUUGGCCUCGGAUACUUGGGUCGAGCGGACCUGACCCGUGCAUCUUUUGUCGCGGAUACCUUUGGUCCCGGCAACACAAAGAUGUACCGGACCGGAGACUCGGGCUUUCUCGACCCGGACGGCUCACUCGUCAUCCUCGGACGGAUCCAGGACGACUCCCAGGUUAAGAUCCGUGGCAUCCGCAUUGAGCUCGACGAAGUCUCGUCCGUAAUAGUCAGAUCGUCUGGAGGAAGAGUUUCCCAAGCGAUUACCACGGUUCGCGGAACUGGCGAAAAUAAGAUGAUGGUCUCAUUCGCCGUCCUUAAUGAGGGCAGCAAGGAAGAUAGGAAAGACAGCGAUGCUGCCUUCCUCGCGGCUCUGGCGUCGUCUCUUCCCCUUCCCAGUUACAUGUGUCCUGCCGCCAUCCUGCCUCUGCAGAAAUUUCCAACAACAGCCAGCGGGAAGCUCGACCGUGCUUCCCUGGACCGAAUCCAACUUCCGCCUACGGCUCCCACUAAACCAACCAGCAACACUGGCGACUCCAAGCUACUAGAGAUGGAGAAUGAGCUGCUGUGCAUUUGGAUGGAUUUACUCCCAGAUUUACCAAACCAGGGUGUAUUGUCCCCCGGGUACACCCCCGACACCGACUUUUUUCGCUUGGGCGGGAAUUCCACCACACUCGUGGCCUUGCGUAACGCCAUUCGGCGGCGUUGGGGUAUAAACGUUCCCCUACUAAAGCUGUUCGAGGCCACAACUUUACGCUCGAUGACCGCUUUAAUUACAAAAUCAAGAUCAUGUUAGAUUUAAACUAUCUGGGUUGGUUUGAUAAUCAAAUAAAACUUUCAGAUUGUGCAAGAGAAAAAUAAUAAAAAAUAAUCUUC